AUGAAACUUCCUCCAUUCAAUUCACCAAUUUUCAGACAGCUAAUCGAAUUCAAAUCCAACACGUACACCUACAUUUUGGGAUGUCAUAAGACUGGAAAAGCGGCGAUUAUUGAUCCAGUUGUGGAUACGGCCUCCAGAGAUGUUCAAAUUCUUCGUGAUUUGAAUUUGGACUUGGUUUAUGGAUUGAACACUCAUGUACAUGCGGAUCAUGUCACUGGGACCAAUGAGUUGAGAAAUGCGUUCCCCUCAAUGAAGUCAGUAUUGUGCUCCAAGUCGGGAGGAGAAGCAGACAAGUACGUGUCGAAUGGAGAUGUGAUUGAAGUUGGAGGACUGAAAUUAGAAGUUCGGGAGACUCCAGGACAUACAAAUGGAUGUGUUAGUUAUGUGGAACAUCAUCUGAAAUCCAUUUUCACUGGAGAUGCACUUCUGAUUCGAGCAUGUGGAAGGACUGAUUUUCAGCAAGGAAACCCAUCCACUCUAUUCGAUUCGGUCCACAAGCAAAUUUUUUCGCUUCCCGAAGAUUAUGUCAUUUACGUCGGGCACAAUUAUGAUGGGAUUUUGCAGACUACAGUAUGGGAAGAGAAGAAUCUGAAUCCACGACUGACGAAAAGCAAAGAGGAGUUUGUGAAAUUCAUGAAGAACAUGAAACUACCGUAUCCGAAACAAAUUGAUGCAGCUGUUCCAGCGAAUAUGAAGGAUGGAAAGGGUGGAAAGAAUUAA